AUGGUUGUGAACAAUUUAUAUGCCAUUAUUCAGUUCUUCACAAAUUGCCGAAAAUAUACGUUACACAUACAGACUGCUGAAAUCAAAGACAUUUCUCAAAAAUGUAAACAGAAACAAGAUGCUUUGGAGAUGAAAGAUAAACAAAUUAAAGAAAUUCAUCAAGCUUUGAGAAUGAAAAAAGAUGAAGAAAUGGACAGACGGAGGAAAAUAUGCAAUAUUCAGAAGAUGAUAGAGGACUGGAAGAAUGAGCUCAGUACAAUGGCAGUCAACGAGAAUCUUCAGCCACAAAUUGAUGCUGUUAAUAAUGAGCUGAAAAAAUUACAAGAAGAAAGGGCAAAUACUGAUACUGAUAUCAGUGAUCUAACAGCAGAGAAAAUGAACCAAGAGAGGGAAAACAAAAGAAUAAUUGAUCGCCUUGGACAACUUAAUAAUAUAAUGAAUAUGAAGGAAGAGAGUCUUAAAGUGAAAUUCCAAGACACACACUCUGCUCUUAUGUGGCUAAGAAAGAACAAAGACAAGUUUAAAAAAAAAGUUUGUGAACCCAUGAUGCUUGAAAUCAAUAUGAAAGACAAUAGACAUGCUAAAUAUGUUGAAAAUCACAUUACGGCCAAUGACAUGAGGGCUUUUGCUUUUGAGAGUCAAGAAGAUAUGGAAAUGUUUCUUGUGGAGAUGCGUGAUCAUCAGAAACUAAGAGUGAAUGCUGUAUGCGCGCCUGUUGAAUCAUGUGCUGAAAGGUUACCUUCAAGGCCUAUUGAAGAAUUACGCCAAUAUGGAUUUUUCUCAUAUUUACGAGAGUUAUUUGAUGCUCCUCAUCCUGUGAUGAGUUAUCUUUGCUCCCAGUACCAUGUUCAUGAUGUCCCUGUGGGAACAGAGAAGACCAGAAGCAUGAUUGAAAGGGUCAUACAAGAAACCAAACUUAAGCAGAUAUACACAACAGAAGAAAAAUACACUGUUAAAGUAUCUGCUUACACAAAGCUAACCCUGACUACUAACAUACCCCUGAGGGCAGCACAGUUUCUCACUAGUUCAGUGGAUACAGAUGAAAGACAACAGUUGGAAAACCAGCAACAGGACAUCAGUAACGUGUUAAAGUCAUUGGAUAUGCGUUUGACUACAUUGUUUGAGAGACAGAAACAUCUGGAACGCAGAGACAAUGAGCUCAGGCAACAGAAGAAGGAGCUUUUAGAGAGAGGAAACAGGAGGAGACAGUUGGAAGCAAAAAUUGAUGUGAAGUAUGAUAGUUUAAGACAACUGGAACAAGAUGCUAUCGACCUAGAGAAGGAAUCUCAACAAGCAAAUUUAAAGAUCAAAGAAAUAAAUAUCCAGAAAGCCAGACUUGUUACUGAAUUAAUGCAUCUCAUAAAGAAUUGCAUAUCACUGAAUAUCCUCAAAGCAGAUCUGGUUCUUCAGAGCACUACAGUGACUGCUGAGAAGAACAGAGUAGAAUCAGAGUAUAAAGCAGCAGAUGUACAGCUGAGAGCUACAGAGCAAGCAUUUCACGAACUGGACAAUAGGAAGCGAGUUCUUGCAGAAAACUGCAAGGAAUUGCUGAAAAAAGCUCGACAGGUCUGCAAACUGAGUUCGGAUCAAUAUCUUCCAAAAGAAUUUCAAACUGCUUUUCAGGCUCUUCCAGCCACGUUGGAGGAAAUUGAUGCUUUUCUGAAGGAAGAGAAAACCAGGGCCUCCUGUUUCACAGGCCUGAAUGCUUCUGUUGUUGAAGAAUACAAUAAGCAGACACAAGAAAUAGAGCAGUUGACGGAAUAUCUAGAGGAAAAGAAAAAUGAAUUGGAUAAAUAUAAGCAAAACAUUUCACAGGUCAAAGAAAAGUGGCUGACCCCCUUGAAAAAGCUGAUUGAGCAAAUUAGUGAGAAGUUCAGUAACUUCUUUUCUUCUAUGCAGUGUGUUGGUGAAGUUGAUCUUCAUGUGGAAAGUGAGGAGGAGUACGACAAGUACGGGAUUCGCAUUAGAGUCAAAUUCCACAGUAGCAGUCAACUUCAUGAAUUGACUCCCUAUCAUCAGAGUGGAGGUGAGAAAAGUGUUUCCACUAUGUUGUACCUGAUGGCUCUACAGGAACUCAACAGAUGUCCUUUCAGAGUUGUAGAUGAAAUAAAUCAGGGGAUGGAUCCAGUGAAUGAGAGAAGAGUUUUUGAGAUAGUUGUGAAAACUGCUUGUAAAGAAAGCACGUCUCAGUACUUCCUUAUUACCCCAAAGCUCCUGCAGAAUCUCACUUACAAUGAGAAGAUGACGGUGUUGUUUGUCUACAAUGGACCUUUUAUGUUGGAGUCAAACAAAUGGGACUUAAAGGCUUUCUGUAGGCGGCGGCGGCGACUUGGAAGAAUGGAUGAACAGUGAUACAUAAUAUAUUAUAUAUAUAAAAAACCCAAUGUUUUUGUAGAACUUUCUGGAACAUGUGGCUUUCAAGACUUCAGAAAUUGUGAUGAGAACCUG